CCGUGGGGAGCGGCGGGGGCGGAGCAGGCGGCACCAGGACCCAGGGGAACCGCGGCAGGCAGGCGGCUAGCAGGCCCGGGGGCCGGGAAGCUGCGGGCGGCGGCGCUGGGCCCGGCGCGGCAAGAGAGACCUUGAGAUGCCGAGCAAGAAGAAAAAGUAUAACGCGCGGUUCCCGCCGGCGCGGAUCAAGAAGAUCAUGCAAACUGACGAAGAGAUUGGGAAGGUGGCGGCGGCAGUGCCUGUCAUCAUCUCCCGGGCGCUUGAGCUGUUCCUGGAGUCGCUGUUGAAGAAGGCUUGCCAGGUGACCCAGUCCCGAAACGCUAAGACCAUGACCACAUCCCACCUGAAACAGUGCAUUGAGCUGGAGCAGCAGUUUGACUUCUUGAAGGACCUGGUGGCCUCUGUGCCUGACAUGCAGGGAGACGGGGAAGACAACCACAUGGAUGGGGACAAGGGUACCCGCAGAUGGACUGUACCUUCCCGAAGGGGCCGGAAGCCAGGCAGCAGUGGCCGGAAGAAUGGUGGGAUGGGAAGCAAAAGCAAGGACAAGAAGCUGUCAGGAACGGACUCGGAGCAGGAGGAUGAGUCUGACGACACAGACACUGAUGGGGAAGAGGAGACAUCACAGGCCCCACCCCAGGCCAGCCACCCCCCUGCCCACUUUCAGAGCCCCCCGACACCCUUCAUGCCCUUCGCCUCGACUCUGCCUCUGCCCCCAGCACCCCCGGGCCCCUCAGCACCUGACGCAGAGGAUGAAGAGGACUAUGACUCCUAGCGCCCUCUGCCCCCCAGGCCACACCCCCUUUCAGUUGGUUUUAGUUGCUCUGGGGGGAGGAGAGAAGAUAGAGCUGUUCUUAAAUUUAUUAAAAAAUUAAUAAUAAAAGGGAACACCAGCGUCUGUCCCAGCCUAUGUCCAGGGCUCUGUGGCCACUUUCCCAUCCAGCCACCUGCUUUCCCGAUGCUCAGCUGAGGCCAGGAGCAGGGGUGGGCAGGGCAGCGGCUGAGUGAAGGGAGGGUCCAGAGGCUGCAGUUCUGCCAGGGUAGGAGCAGGGUAGGCUGUUGGCAGAGGGAUGGUAGGCAGAGUGGUGGUGUGGGGCUGGUGCCCGAGGGGCUGGUUACGCUGGGGGACAACCUGUUCCGUUGUGCCGUGUGACCCUGGAAAGGUUCCUAUCUUUCUUUGAGUGGCCGCUCUUGUCUGAUGGAGACUGUUGUGCCCACUCCGGACUGCUGCAAGGGGACAGACGGGACGAACAAUGGCAAGAGGCUUUGCCAGCUGCAGAGCCUGGUGCCACGAAGGGCGUGUGGGAAGGGGCGGCGUAAGUAGAGGUAGGUGUGACUGUCAAGGGCCUCGAAGAUUAACUUUUGAGCAGGACGGUGACCCGUGGGGUCAACCCGCCCCCGUUUGUGAGCAGACCCUGGAACCGUGGGGUCCCCAAGGCAGACGUGUGCCUUCAGGGAGCCGGGGCUUGGUGAGGCUGGGCUGGAGACAACGCGGCUGGUGGGCAGACUUGAGGUGUGUGUUAUCGGUAGACUCAAGGGUGCCGUGGACGGACUGGCCGUGGGGCUGCAAGGGAGGGAACCCUUAGGGACUGCCAGCUUGCCUUCUGCAGCGAGUGGGGCGGGGGCUCUUUUCUAGCUGUAGGACAUAGAGAAAGCAAGAUUAGGUGUCAGGGUCACAAGUUGGGCUGUGGCGAGUUUCGGGUGCCCGGGAAGCUGCUGAGGGGAGGCAUAGAACGGGCCCUGGAACGGUAGGGGCCUGGAGACAGAUGUGUGAGCCUUGAGAGUAGGUGACCUUGCCCCAGGGAGAGGGGGAGGGCCUGGGCAGGCCACCCAAGGAGACUGAAGAGCAG